AUGGACACUAUCUUUGGGCGCAAAAAGUCGCGCCCUCGACAAUCCUCAGUUUCUGGUCAAGACCUUGGCGAACGCUCCAUACCUUAUGACAAGCUCUCGCUUCCUUCCCGGUCCCCCGUUGCGGUUGGGACCGUGAACCAAGGCAUGAAAGGAAUCUCUGCGCCAAAUACGAACCCCGCUCUGACGGCGACGGGCACUGAAUUAAACAAGUUUACUAUGCAGCGAAGUCGGAUGGAGAGGGAGAAAGUUUACGAACGUUUACGACAAGAUUCGCCAACCGCGUCUACCUCUACGGCCGAUUCUUCGACCUUGUAUGAUGGUUCCACAGAGACACUGGCGUCUCCGCAGAAAUCCACCAUUUCUCUCCCUCAAACGUCCCGAAUCCGAAGGAGCGAAGCUUCGACUACAUCAGCCAGGGGUCAAAACCUGGAUUUUGGCCAAUACCAACCGCAUGGCACUCCUACCUCUGGAACUAUUCGACCAACGUCAGGCAUGACAACACGAUCGGGAAAUCGAGACUCCAAAUACGCUGCCUCGCUUGCAUCCUCUGAGGGAGGCUCUCACAACUCGCACCUCUCUCACUUGUAUCAUCGGCACCAGGGUGAAACUUUCUGUUUCCCUCGUCCAGAGACUGACGAGGAAAUCGAAGUUCUUUUCGAGAAUGUCCGACGUACUAGAGAUUUGGCGCCGAUGCCCAACCUUCCUCUUGAUCAAAAAUGGCAUGUGGUUUACAACGACGAACAUAUACGUUGGAAGGAAGAGAAGCUAAGGGAGGAGCAGUCUCGAAAGCGAACGGAAACCGGCCAAUCGGGGAUCCUGACAGAAACGCCAGAAUGGUAUAUUCAGAAGUUUCUUGACAAGACCAUCACACAGAAACAAGCCUCGAGCCUCCUUGUGUCGCUUCGCAGCAGAGAGUUGAGCUGGUUCGAACAAUUUAUUGAUCUUCGUGGGACGUCUGUUCUAGCGCAAACGCUUCAACACAUCAGUCGGAAAGGAUCUUCAAGACGAGAGACAGAUAUCCUACUCGAAUACGAAAUCGUCAAAUGUUUGAGGCAGAUAUUAAAUAUCAAUGCAGCGGCUAACGAUGCGUUGAAUCACGCUUCCUUUGUUACCCAAAUCGCAUCCUCUCUCAAUAGUCCCCACCUUCCGACGCGCAAAAUCCUUGUCGAAUUGUUAACCUUUCUUGCCGCCAGGAAAGAGGGCGAAGCACAUGACCUCGUAGUAGCAGCUUUGGAGGUUCUUAGCACCUCCAACAACGAGGCUGGUGGAUGUUAUGCCUACUGGUUCAAGUCGUGGGAGCAAAGUAUGUCCGGCAGAGGGAAAAUGGGAAGCUUAGUUGGGGCCAGUGAAGAAAUCAAGCGAACAGGAGGCGUUGACAGCUCCUUGAACGAGUAUACGCUCGCAAACCUGUUUCUUCUUAACGCCAUUUUAAGCCAUGUGGAUGACUUUGAUCUUCGGCUACACCAUCGAUCCCAGAUGGAAUCUGCGGGAUUGAAGCAUAUCCUGGAGUUAUGUUCGACCUUCGGCAUGUCGAGCAUCGACAAACGAAUCAAGAUGAUCCAAACGCUUUUCGAUGAGGACGAAAAGCAGCUGCGUGAGCGGCUGGACCAGGAGAUUCUGCGGGACUUGACAAAUCCUCAGGAUGUUUUCAAUGCGAUAUACGCUAAAACACAGGGUACUCGGGCUAGCAAUUAUUUCCUAUCCAUGAUGCAGCACCUCCUCCUCAUUCGCGAAGAAGGUCAGCCAAUGGUUCAUUAUUACCAACUCCUUGACUCGAUCGUGACGGAUGUGGUAUUGGACAAGAAAUUGGCUGGUGCAGAGCAACGCAUGGGCCACUCCGUUGAGCGGAUAAUUGCCCAAUUCAACGAAGCAGACCGAUACCAACUUGCUGAAGAUGAAGCUGCAGAGGCACGCGCCCUUGCAGUUCGACUUAAGUUGGAGAAGGAAGCACUAGAGGAAGAAAUAUCUCAAGGUCAAGAUGGAUUUGUUGGGCAACUCAAGGCCCGAAUCUCAGGCCUGGAAGAAAAGCUUUCGGUAUCCCGAGAAACCACUUCAAGAUUGCACAACCAAUUGGCAAGUCAGAAAGCUUCGUACGAAGACAGGAUCGCCCAACUCGAAGCACAAAUCAUGGAACUCUUUAGGAUGUUGAAGGAAGCAGGGACGGGUGCCAUUGAAACCAUUUUGGAUGGCGGCAGCAUGGAUCGCAAAGCACUCGUUCAAUCACUAGAGCGCAGCUUCCAGCGACAUAAAACGAUCAGCAUUCUCGAAGGCAAAAACAGCUUCCGGCGAAAGAAGGCCCAAGCAACUGAAGGCACAUCUGCGUUUGACGACGACGACGACGACAAUGAUAGUCAAGCAACCCCUGUGAAGUCGGGGGUUACGAGAACGCAAACUGGUCGAGCUUCGGGAAAGCAAGGCUUUCAGGCGGUCCCUGGUGGUGAAAAACUCGUCGACGAAAGUGGAAGAGUCUCACAAUUCAUGGAUGCAGACGAGGCGGAUGCUCGUGAGCAAGUGCAACAGCAACUAGCGGCAGGCGUUAAAUUAUAUUCCCCUCAAAUUGGUUCAGUAUCGAGCUCUCGCAGUAUUCGUGGAUCGCCUCGACGGACGGAAAGACCUCCGCUGGGCGGCGAAUCAUUCAAGUCGAAUCAUCUCCUGGCUCCGAGAGGCGACGAAACGUACUCAAACGAAUCCUACAGUCGGUCAUCCUCUCCGGUUAACGAUGAUGAGAGUGAUUUCGCUCGAUCUACUCGCAGUGGUUUCAGCAACAGGACUGAGGACACGGCAUUCACUUCCAUCAGUUCUAAUGGCUCUGUUGAUAAUACUAAAGUUGCACCGCCUGGAUCGUUACUUGAUCAACUAAACAAGCAUCUCGUUUCCCGUGGAAAAAUUCUUCCUUCGCGAGAUGACAGCCCUCUCCAGUCACCCGCAUUAUCGACAUUGCCCGAAGAACAUCUUCCUGAUGACGAACUUGGCUUUCCUAUUCCUCCUCCUCCUCCUCCUCCUCCUCCUCCCCCUCCACCCCCAUCUGGAUUCCCGAAUGCUUUCGUACCAUCCUCCCCUGAUGCACCCCCACCUCCCCCACCUCCCCCACCACCGCCUGGUUUUACGGGCGCCAUCCCUUCUGCAUCCAGCAUUCCGCCGCCACCGCCACCUCCUCCUCCACCGCCACCGCCUCCAGGUUUGAGAGGAAUGGUGGCAACAGCCAUGUCUGGUGCUCCUCUUCCUCCUCCACCGUCGAAUCCAAGUUCAGCUCCCAGCUCCACCCGCACGUCGAUGCUUGGAUCCCAUUUCAAUAUAAUGAACACCCGUAAAGAGAUGCCCAUCACACCAAGCACGAAGAUGAAGCAACUACAAUGGGACAAACUUGCUCAACAGCAAGUUGGCAAUACUGUAUGGAAGGAGGAUGCCCCAGAGAAGGAGCAUGCGAUGCUAAAGAAACUUCAAUUAGACGGUGUGUGGCUCCAGAUGGAAGAAGACUUCAAGGCAAAGCAGCUUGUGAUCAACUUAAUGGCUAAGCAGAAACGCGCCGAACUCCGAAGCAUCCUGGAUCCAGAAACCAAGAAACGAGUUGAAAUUAUAAUUCAACGUCACAGGCACCUGCAGCCCGAAGAGCUCGCCCAGAAAAUCCAGCAAUUCGAUCCUAAGAUAUGUACGGAGGUGUUCCUAAGUUCUUUGAAGCCCGACCUUCCUUCACCAGAGCAAAUCGGCAAAUUGAACGUAUAUCGGAAUGCGGACCCUGAGGAAUUGGCUGGGCUACACCCCUCCGAUAGGCUGAUGGUUCAACUUAUCAAAAUUGACCGACUUGGCCCUCGCAUCGAAGGGAUGUUGUACAAGGUCACAUUCGAUGAAAGAUGGGCAUUACUUGACGAGGGUGCACGCAAACUAUCCGACGCUGGUAGGGACAUUCUCGAUGCACAAAAUUUCAAGCAAUUGCUUUCUCUCAUUCUUCUUAUUGGUAACUACAUGAAUGGAACGGGCAUUAAGGGCGGAGCCUUCGGUUUCCGUGUCAGUAGCAUCAACAAGUUGGUGGAUACGAAAUCAGUCAACAACACAACGCUGCUUCAUUUCUUGGAGCGGACUGUGGCCAGACACUUCCCGGAAAUGGAACAGUUCCUGGACGAAUUGGAAGUCCCAGCUGAAGGGUAUAGAGUCAACCUACAGGACAUUCGAAGGGGCCUUUCGGACUUACGAGAUGGUCUCGCUCGCAUUCGACAAGAACUCGUAGAGCAUUUUGCAAAUGUCGAUCAAAAUGAUCUCUUCCAAAAGCAGAUGUGGACUUUCUACAACAGAGCAAGCGUUCAGCUGGAAGACCUGGUUGACGACGUUCGGAAUGCGGACACAACAUUUGUGGAUGCCAUCGCGUAUUACGGAGAGGACGACAAGAAUAUGACCUCAUCCGAAUUCUAUGGAAUCUUCAAAACAUUUAUCACAUCAUAUAAGAAAUGUAAAGUGGAGAACCAGACUGCUGCAGAGGAGAGACUGGCAUUGGAACGCCGCAAACAGGCUCUGCAGGAGCACAGGGCUCAUCGACAGAAGGAAGUUGCAGCUGAAAAGACUGAGGACGAGGGUGCGCUAGAAAGGAUUCUGGACAAUCUUAGAAACGGCGACCCCAUUAGAAGCCGAAGGCGACGGACGACAGACAAACCUCGACCGACCUCAACCUUCGUCCACGAUUCCGCCAAUGCCAUUGCAGAUACUUCAAGCUUCAAUGCGCAACUGAUGCUUGCCCGAUUGCAGUCUGAUGGAUUUGUUGCGCCUCCUUCCCCGACCGCGCCAACACAGAGACGACGCAGGAGGCGGAUGGAAAAACCGUUGGACAGUGACAGAGAUGGACCAACCUCUCCGCUGGUCUCUGAGAUCGUGGAGGUGAACGAAGACGAGAUGUCCGAGACAGCAGACGAUUCUUCACAGACAGUACGACCAGAGACGCCCUAG